AUGAAAAUCCUGCAGAAACAGCAGCUAGAAGUACUGAGCACCUACAAAUACGUGUCCUGUUUCCUCUUCAUGGGCCCUUUCUUUUCCCUUCUUGGCGUCUUCCUCCUCUUCACCUCCCUCUGGUGGCUGUCUGUUCUCUACACGGUGUGGUUAUUCCUGGACUGGGACACACCCUGCCAAGGAGGAAGGCGUUCUCAGUGGAUAAGGAAUUGGGUUCUUUGGAAACACAUGAGGGAUUAUUUCCCCAUUAAGCUGAUAAAAACAGCAGAGCUGCCCUCAAACAGGAACUAUGUGCUUGUCACCCACCCACAUGGGAUCCUGAGCGUCGGAGUCUUCUGUAACUUCUGCACUGAGGUCACUGGCUCCUCGCAGCAGUUCCCCGGGCUUCGGUUCUCGUUGGCCAUACUGAACAGUCUCUUUUACCUCCCAGUCUAUCGAGACUAUAUUAUGUCCUAUGGAGCAUGUUCCGUGAACCGUCAGAGCCUGGAUUUUAUUCUGUCGCAGCCCCAGCUCGGCCAGGCUGUGCUCAUAUUGGUCGGCGGAGCCCACGAGGCCCUGCAUGCCGUCCCAGGGGAGCACUGCCUCACUCUCCGGAACCGUAAAGGCUUUGUCCGCCUGGCACUGAGGCACGGUGGGCCGCCCCAUCCCGGUGCCCCAGUGCCCGCAGCCCACCGAGGAGCAGGUGGACCACUAUCACACGCUGUACAUGAAGGCUCUGGAGCAACUGUUUGA